UCUAUUAGGGACUAAAAUAAAAAGAAGAUGUGAAUUGAAUAUUUGAAACACAAUUAAUCUACCUAUAAAAUAGUAAUUAGUGGCGAUCGUUUACCUGUGUGUGACAGCUGCAGGUUAGGAGACGGACGUCCAUUAAACGUUGAACAUGAAGGACAUACAUCUGUUUGUUUUUGGAACAAUUUUACAAAUUAUUCCAGCUAACAGUUCCCCAUGGAUCAACAGAAAUGGGCUUAAUUCAAACCAAGGUAUGCCAAAUAUGUACACAGGACAUGGAUUGUUCGCUCCUAACAGUAACGUUUAUCCUGGGAGUUACAACAGUCCCAGACGUACUGGAUACCAGCAGCAAGCAAAGGCUUACGGCAGCAAUACGAACCAAAACAAGCCCUAUCAAACCCCCGGCAUUUCACAUCCAAACUCCUAUCAGAAGCAACAAUCUGGGCAUUAUCAGAAUGCGGCGAACUUGAAUUAUCAAUCGAAUACUCAAAAUGGAUACACUUUGCCGGUACAGAACUCAAACGGAAAUUACGGAAACGUUUACUCACAGAAUAAACCGCCGAUUAAAAGAUUCGGAAAGCCCCAAAAGAAGAAAUUCUAUUGGCCAUUCUUCCCGUACAGCGCUAGUGAUUACGGUAAUCCUCUCUAUAAAAAGGGAAAUGAGCACAAGAAGGAUACUUAUGACAAAGGGUACUCCGAUGUACCAUAUGAGGGCCCAAUGUACAACAGUGCAAAGAAAGUUCAAUCGUAUAGUAGGCAUUUGUGAGGUGUCAUAUUGAUACAAACUCAUAAAUUAAUUGUAUGCAAUGGUUUAGGAAUCAUAAAUUGGUUCUUUUAAUUCGUUACGGAGAUCGUAGGGGAACUUUUCGCCAAUAAUACAUAGACUUCACUUCAAAAUCGCUUGGGGAAUACGGUACCUUCUUUUUUUUUUCUCUGUUUUUAAUAACAAUAAAAAAAAAUAACAAUUAUAAAGACGGACCCAUACUUUUCCUUUUAUGAAAGUUUUAACUUUCAUAUUGUCUCAUAGAACCUGUAGUAUAUUUGACUCUUUAAUCAAUUUUCAAACUCAGAUUUUUCGAUCAUCAUAUACAUGUACUAAAAGUCUUGAAAUUCUUCGUCAUUUAUCUACCUCGCUUAAACUUCUUGUGAUUUUUUAUUGAACGCAUGAUAAAAUAUAGAAUAUGUAAACAUGUUCAUUGUUUAAUAAACUUGUUAGAUAUA